CAUACAAAGUAUGAUUUAAUUAGGAACGAAUGCAAAAAAUAACAUUUAAUUUCAAAUUAAAAUAAGAAAAUUAACAAACAAAAAAUAAAUUAAAGACUGAUUCCAUUUAAUCCACCUGCUAAUUUGUAAUUUUGUAUCUUAUAAUUUGGAAGGCAUCAAAAACUUGCUAUUGUAUAUAAAUCAUAACUAAACUGAAAAUCAAUCAUAUAAUUUCAUCUGGAAAAAUGGGUGAAGAAGUAAAGAUGAAAGAAACCUUCUUCAUAACUCAUGGAAACCCAUUGUUAAUAACAGAUGAACUACACCCAUUACACCCAUUUUUCAAAAAUUGGAAAGAAAAAGUGUAUUCCAAAAAACCCAAGGCUAUUCUUGUCAUUUCAGCUCACUGGUUAACUGAUCAUCCUGUUGUUAAUUCUGUAAUUCUCAAUGAUACUAUCUAUGAUUAUGGAGGCAUUACUUACCCUGCUCCUUUAUAUCAGCUGAAGUAUCCGGCUCCUGGAGCUCCAAAAUUGGCAGCAAAGGUGCAGGAACUUCUAGCUAAAUCAGGGUUCAAAUCUGUGCACAUUGACAAACAACGUGGACUUGAUCAUGUAACAUGGGCACCUCUCAUGCUGAUGUACCCUGAGGCUGACAUCCCUGUAUGUGAGCUCUCAGUACAACCGAGUUUGGAUGCAACACACCACUUCAACUUGGGACGCGCACUGGCUCCUCUCAAGGAUGAUGGUGUACUCAUCAUUGGUUCUGGGAGCGCGACACACCCUGCAUAUGAUACACCUCAUUAUGAUGAAGUUGCUCCUUGGGCUGCAGAGUUUAACUCAUGGCUUGAAACAACUCUAAUAAAUGGAAAGUAUGAUGAAGUGAAUGAAUGUGAAACCAAAGCACCAAAUUGGAAAUUAGCACAUCCAAUGCCGGAGCAUUUUUAUCCAUUACAUGUUGCAAUUGGAGCUGCUGGUGAAGAUUGUAAGGCAGAGCUUAUUCAUAGCAGUUGGUUUUCUGAUAAUUCCUUGAAACAUGGCUCCUACAAGUUCACUUCCAUUUAACUUUCUUGUAUAAAUAUUUAGUAAUUGUAAUUUUUAUUUUAAUUUUGUUGGCUAUUUUCUUCAAUGUUGAAAAAUAAUAAAAUUAGUGCAUGACUUUGCUCCAAAGUAGAUUGGUGCACAUUGUUGGACAUACAAGAAAAUUAUGUGUAUUUCUUGAUGCAUGAAGAUAAUCCUAAGUAAUUUAUAUCAAUAACGAG